GGCCCCGCUGCAUUUACUGCGCCUGAACUUCCUCAUACUCGGUCAGUUGCAGCCGCCGUCUCAGUGAAACAGGGAAGGAGAGAGAGAAAGAGAAAGAGAGAGAAAGAUUUGCAGACAUCCGAACGGCAGUCUCCACGUGCUGGGUCCCCGGUGCCCGGCCAUUGAUCGGUGGAGUGGGUACAGAGAUCAGAGGGCAGAGGGCAGAGGGCAGCUGAGGGCUGAAGAUGGAGAAGGAGAAGCAGCCGAGUGCACCACGGAGACGGGGGUGGAGCUUCCAUUCUCUCCGCAUCAAGGGCAGACCAUUGGCAGAGGAGGAUGAGGGGUUUAGACUAGGCAGGAGGGGGGCAAAGAGUUUUUCCUCAGCCCGGUCAGAUCCCCGCAAAUCGGACCUGGAGAAACCGGAGCAGGAGGGGGCUGGAGCAGCCAGCAAUGAGGGCAGAGUCACGCGUCUUCGGCCGAUCUCUCUGAGGUCCACGGGGAAGGAGAGAGGUGACGCCCCUGCAGAGGUAAAUGGGAAGGGGAGCCCCAUAGGCCUGGACCAGGGUGCCGUCAUGUCCAGCGAAGAGGAGGAGGGCAACGAAGGCGCCUUCAAGAGGCUGAGCAACCUGUGGUCCUCUCUUCACCUCUUUAAGUCUUCCCGAGACCAGGGAGCUAAGGAGCAGGCUCUGCCCCCGCUGACAGACUCCGCCCCCCUGAAGACCCCGGCUAGGGAGCAGCGCUAUGCUAGCGGACAGUUCUUCUUCGAGUACCUGGUGGUGGUCAGCCUCAAGAAGAAGAAGGACGGAGGCUACGAGCCCCAGAUCACCUACCAGUUCCCAAAGAGGGAUGGAAUGGUGAAGUUCCAAAGGGAGGAGGAGGAGAAGACACUGAAAGCCAUCACUCUCUUCUGCUUUCCUGAGGGAAUCAACUGGGCCCCCCUGACAGAGUACCGCAGCGAGACCUUCUCUUUCGUCCUCACAGAGGUCGAUGCCAGCAGGAGGAACGGGUACUGCAGGAGGCUCCUGCCCCAUGGUAAUGGUGCCCGACCUCCGGAGGCCUACUGCAUCAUCAGCAAACUCGCCUGCUUUGGACUCUUCUCCAAGAUCUUUGACGAGGUGGAGAAGAGGCGGCAGAUCUCCAUGGCGAUGAUCUACCCCUUCAUGCAGAGCUUGCGGGAGGCGCCGUUCCCCGCCCCGGGACACACCGUCAAAAUCAAGAGCUUCAUCCCGGAGUCUGGUACCGAGAUUAUCAGUCUGACGCGGCCGCUGGACUCCUGGUUGGAACACGUGGAUUUCAGAACGCUGUUCCGCUGCCUGAGCCAUGAGGAGGUGCUGCAGGUGUUCGCCGCCACCGUGCUGGAGCGCCGCAUCGUCUUCAUCGCCGAGGAGCUUGGCACUCUGUCUGAGGUGAUCAACGCUGUGGUUGCGCUGCUGUACCCCUUCAUCUGGCAGCACACCUUCAUUUCCAUCGUACCUGAGAUCCUCAUCGACGUUGUCAUGGCGCCCACACCAUACCUGCUCGGGGUGCAGAAGCGUCUGCAGGAGCACGUUACUGACCAACCUGACACCAGCGAUAUGUUGGUGGUGGAUUUGUCUGAAGGAGUGAAGAACACGUUCAUAAUUAGUAUUGGAGAUGAGAAGAAUAUUAUCCCUCCAAAGUUCCGGGAUGAAAUCCUGCAGGCAUUAAGUGCCAGAAAAGACAACUCAACGCUGGAGGAGCUGAACAGGGUGGUGUCGGAGGCCUUCCUGCCCUUCUUCGUGAAGACGGUGGGCCACUUCGGCCCGUACGUCAAGCGCAGCUCCAGCGCCCAGCCGGGGGUCUUCCAGGCCAGGAGCUUCUACAAGGCCAUCCAGUCCAAGACCACGCGCCACUUUGUCAAGAAGUUCAUCCGUACUCAGAUGUUUGACCUCUUCAUCCAGGACGUGGAGCAGCAGCCCGCCACUCAGGAAGGAUUUUUCCACAGAAAGAUAGCGGAAUACGAGGAAAAGAAGAAGAGAGAGAAAUCGAAGAAACAGUAGAGCAGACAAUGGGCCUCAUGACCUUCAGACUGUGGGGGGGGGGG